AUGGAGAAGAAAGGGACAAUCUUGUUGCAAAGGUAUGAGCUUGGGAGAUUGUUAGGUCAAGGAACAUUUGCAAAAGUUUACUAUGGCCGGAACCUAAAAACUGGCCAGAGUGUUGCAGUCAAGAUCAUCGACAAAGAAAAGGUCAUGAGGGUUGGUUUAAUCGAUCAAAUCAAACGAGAAAUCUCUGUAAUGAGGCUUGUUAAACAUCCCAAUGUUGUUCAACUCUAUGAGGUCAUGGCAAGCAAGACCAAGAUAUAUUUUGCAAUGGAGUAUGUGAGAGGUGGUGAGUUAUUCAAUAAGGUUGCCAAAGGUAGGCUAAAGGAAGAUGCUGCAAGAAAGUACUUCCAACAAUUGAUUGCAGCUGUUGAUUUCUGUCAUAGUCGAGGCGUAUAUCACCGUGAUCUCAAACCAGAGAAUCUCCUCCUUGAUGAAUCCGAAAAUCUCAAGGUUUCGGAUUUUGGAUUGAGUGCUUUGUUUGAAUCAAAGAGGCAAGAUGGUCUCUUACAUACAACAUGUGGUACACCAGCCUAUGUUGCACCAGAAGUGAUUAACAAGAGAGGAUAUGAUGGAGAAAAGACUGAUAUUUGGUCUUGUGGUGUCAUUCUCUUUGUACUUUUAGCUGGUUAUCUUCCAUUUCAUGACACUAAUCUAAUGGAAAUGUAUAGGAAAAUAAGCAAAGGUGAAUUUAGGUGCCCACAAUGGUUCCCUCCAGAGGUGAAAAAGCUUCUUUCAAGAAUUCUUGAUCCCAAUCCAUGCUCGAGAAUAACUGUGGCGAAGCUCAUGGAAAAUCCUUGGUUUAAGAAGGGAUUCAAACAGAUUGAAACCCCAAUUCCCAAUCAAGAUGAGGAUGUCUCUCCGCGAAGCAUUUUUGAUCUCGAAAAUGUCAUUGAAGUGGAGCAGGAAGGUUGUUCCAAGAAGAAAGAGGAGGAAACAAGUAGUUCAAUGAAACCAACUUGCCUAAAUGCAUUUGACAUCAUAUCACUCUCACCAGGUUUUGAUCUUUCUGGUUUGUUUGAGAAAGACAUGAAUCACAAAUCGGAGGCUAGAUUCACAACUCAAAAGUCUCCAUCAGCAAUCGUGUCGAAAUUGGAAGAAGUGGCAAUGAUGGAGAGUUUCAAGGUGGAGAAGAAAGAUGGGAUGGUGAAAUUGCAAGGCAGCAAGGGAGGUAGAAAAGGGCAGCUGGCCAUUGAUGCAGAGAUAUUCGAGGUCACGCCUUCGUUUCAUGUUGUGGAGGUGAAGAAGAGGGCUGGUGACACAAUGGAGUAUAGGAAGUUCUGUGAUCAAGAAUUGAAGCCUUCUCUAAAAGACAUAGUAUGGGCUUGGCAAGGUUGUGAGCAACAACAUGAUUAG